AAUCAAGGAACUGUGGAUAUGGACCACAAUGGUGGAGGACGAUCUAGCUGUCAAAAAUACAUCCGCUGAUACUUGUUCAUUCCGUAUUGUGGUUAGAUCAGGAAUUAUUUACAGUUUUGUUUAAUGAAUAAAGCGGUAUUGCAAUCAUCGUCACGAAUAGCUGUGAAGGUAGAACUCGAAGAUGUUUAGUAUUCAUAAAUUGUGAGUGUAUGUGCUUUAAGGUGGGGUGUUUGACGGACAUAUCAUCGGGUUUCUAGGAAGAAACAAAGCAAGAUCAUUUCCCAGACAAUUUUUAACUCACGAUGAAUAAUCGUCGACGUACAAAUAAUUUCACGUACGUAAGUUCGUGCGUGAAAUACAUGAUUUUCCUGCUGAACUUCGUAUUUUGGCUAUUUGGCGGUUUGCUGAUAGGCGUUGGCCUUUACGCGUUUGUGGACAAAUGGCAGGCGACUGGUUCUGUGAGAGUGGAAAAUGUGUAUGAUGUCGUUUUGAAUAUUUCACUGGUUAUGGUGAUUGCCGGCGGAGUUGUCUUUGUUGUCAGCUUUGCAGGCUGCGUUGGAGCGCUUCGUGAAAAUACCUGCCUGCUUAAAUUUUACUCGCUGUGUCUAUUGGUCUUCUUUUUACUGGAGAUGGGAGUUGCAAUCGUAGGCUUUGUAUUCCCACAUACCUUGCAGUCGUUGUUAGAAGAUUCACUCACUGAUAAAAUUAUCCAAACUUACCGUGAAGACCCUGAUCUGCAAAACUUCAUAGAUUUUGGACAAAAAGAGUUUAAAUGUUGCGGCCUGAGUGGUGAGGGCUAUCGGGAUUGGGGAAAGAAUGAGUACUUCAACUGUUCUAGUCCGAGUGUUGAGAACUGUGGAGUACCAUUUUCAUGUUGUAUGAAUGCUACCAACAUUUCUAGUGGAUUGGUAAACAUUAUGUGCGGUUACAAGGCACAAAACUUGACACUUCCAGAAGCGAGUAAGAAAGUAUGGACUAAUGGCUGUAUAGAGAGAGUACGGAGUUGGGCAGAACGUAACUUGUACGCUAUAGCUGGUAUAGCUUUGGGCAUAGCGCUCAGUCAGUUAUUUGUAAUUUAUCUGGCAAAAACUUUGGAAGGCCAGAUCGAAUUGCAAAAGUCACGUUGGCACUCCUGAGCCUGACCUCAGGCCACCUACCGCUACCAAAUCACCUCUUCGAACGGCAGGCAGGUGGCCAGCUGUCAAUCCAGAAGCCAAGAAACCGAAAUGGUAAAGUGGAAUGCGUCUACCGAGAUUAUUGUUUUAAUUUUUCUUUAUUAUUACAAAGUAAGUUAUCUCGUAAACUGAAAACCGCUCUUAAUAAUCUAGUAUUAGCAUUUUGGGUAUAAUAUUUAUCUUUGUUUGUUUAUCUGUUUCCUUUUUUACAGUUUUCAGGCUACGUCACAUAUGUCACAAAAACACUCUAAUUAGGUAGUAUAAAACACUGUUAUGGCUGAAACAGAUGCCUCAAAUAUUUGAGCAGGGGGUGCGAGUUUGAAAAAAAAAUAACUAACUAUAUUUUCGGUUGGUGAAUGACAGCGGAAUAUAAUGCUAUUCGAUGAAAAAAAGAAUGGUGUCUAUUGCACACAAAUAAUCUUUCUCAUUACAUAUUGUAAUUCAAGUUAUGAGAAAGUGGUUUCUUUGAAAUACAUAUUAUUUCAUAUUAGUCAUCCGUAAAGUGUGAGAUUCUUUCCAUCUGCAAAGUUGGUUUUGCAAAUAUCAGACAUGAUUAUUAAAAACAAGACUCUCGUCAAACGUUACAUUGACAGCCAUUGAUAGCCGUUCAUAUUUCAGUAAACAAGUGUGGUGUUUCAAUGAUAGAUCUGUAACUUGAUAUAGCUUAGGGAGAUUGGCAGCCUGAAUCAAAUAAUAAGAACGUAUAAAAAUAACAAAUAACGUAAUUAAUAGGUAAUCGAAAGAAUUUGCCCCCAUGGCUUGACGAAAAAUGAAAAUCAAAGUUGCUUCUUUAUACCUGGUUAAUUGAAACACUGUACUUUUAACGGGAAACAAAUAUGUUCAAAGAUUAGAGCUCAAAAAACGAGCAACAGUGAGAAACUCGCAUCUACGAUGCUCGUGCAGAGUUUGAAUCUCUUUGUCUGAAUAGCUUGCUAACAAACGAAAGCAUGAAUUACUAUGAUUUGCUACAAUAAUAGCUGCCCUUUAUCCCAAAGCUACGAGGGUAACCAAUAUCAUCUAUACUAUCGAGUGAAUGUUAUUUCUUGACUGUAUUUUGUGAUUCCUUUUUUUACCAUUGAUAUGUUUUUCUAUGAAUAUUGAAGGGGUAUAUUUGUAUUUAGAGACUGCUUCAUAUCAUCACUUUCUUCCUGCAAAUCACUAAAAUUGAAAACUAACUAUACUAUUCACGGAGUUCAUUCGUAAUAUUUCAUUUUACCCAGAUACUUUGUUUUAUCCGAUUGAUGGUAAAACAUUUUAUAAAAACAUCUGAUAAAUACUUUAGAAUCAGUGUUUUUGAAGGAAAAGGUAACUUAACGGAUUCAAAUAUAAUACUACGUUCUUAUUUAUUCCGCAACGUAGCACGUCUCUUCGGCACAUGCAGCCUGAAUAUUCAAAAUAGUAGUUCCUCAUCAUAGUGUGAGAAGAAAUAGAGGACGAAGUAUAACCCACAUCGGAUAGUCUAUCUAUAAUAGUGCAUACCCAGCAAUAGUCGGUGAAUAUUCUUCCUUUACAGCUGUGAAUCUCUUUCUAAUCAUAGUUUCUAUCAUCCAUCAUCACGCAUACAUGCUGAAUAAUCGCCAGACUAUUUUUUGACUGCACAAGUUGUAACUUCGUGUUCAUUUGUAAUUUCUAUGGAUUGCUAAGUCACAAUGGGUAAACUAUCGCGAAGUACCACUGUAGUGGAAACCUGGGAUAUGCCUGUGCGUCACCUCAUUGGUAAAGAAUUUGAUUACAACAUUGCAUUACAACACCUAUUCUAGGUGUAGAGUCCAUGAUGUAUAUGUAGAUUUGUCUGCACUACAAACAUCACCCAUAUAAUGAUAAUUAUUUAUUAUGACGUUUAGUAUCGAAUUGACUUUGAUUACCUAUCUGACAACAGAAUAUAUUAUAUAUACUCUUCAAUUGUAAAACUGUAUGUGUUACAUGCAGUUUAUAUGCACAAAUAAUCGCUGCCGAUAGUCCAAAUGGCAUAAGAAAUUUUAUAAUAUGAAUUAAACUUUCUUAAACAUACCUACUGUUAAAUCGGCAUCAAGGAAAGUCUAGUGCCAAAACAGAUUUAUUAGCGAAUUAAAAAUUUCGAGCGUUUUGAGGUUUUAAGUUUUUCUUUUUUUUUUUACUAAGAUCUGACAAUAAGCAUAAAAAAAAUUUGAUUUUGUAUACUUACUACUUGUAUUUAAAAAUUUUUAUAAAUUAAAGAGGAAACUAUCAAUUGA